GCUUACUGGACUAAGCAAUACCAGUGGGACUUGAAGCAAACAACAGUGAAGAUGAAACUGUAUCUGAUACUUGCCUUUGUGGCAUUCACAGGCUGCCAGGCCAACCUAUUCUAUGCUGAUGAGCCCAAACCACAGCUGGAGCAGCUGACAGAUGCAUUCUGGAGCUAUGUUUCCAAAGCAACACAAACUGCAGAGGAAACCGUCAAGAUGAUCAGAGAGUCUCAACUGGGUCAAGAAGUCAAUGAAAGACUGACCCAGAGUGCUGAUAUGGCCAGUGAAUACGCCGUCACCCUCAAGAAACAGGUGGAUCCUCUGACUGAAGAGCUGAUGAACAAAAUCACCAAGGAGACUGAAGUGCUGAGGGAGCGUCUGGGGCAGGACCUGAUCAAUGUGAGAGAGAAACUCGAGCCCUAUGCUGACAACAUGAAGAGCCAGAUCCAGCAGAGAGUGGAGGAGCUCAGGGCGGCCAUGGCUCCGUAUGCUGACUCCCUGGAUUCUGAAACCCUGAAGGCCACUCUUCUCCAGAAGAGUGAGGAGCUGAGAGGAAACCUGGAGCAGAGUGUGAAGGAGCUGCAGGCUCAGCUGGAGCCCUACACUGCUGAACUCAAGGAGAAAGUGGACCAGCAUCUGCAGGAGUUCCAGAAAACUGUGAGUCCUCUAGCUGAGGAUCUGCAGGUCCAGAUUAGAGAGAGAGCCCAGAUUGUCCAGCAGAGUCUUACACCCUAUGCUGAAGACCUUAAGGAGAAGCUGGACCCCUAUGCACAAAACCUAAAAGACCAGCUGAUCUCUCUGUACGAUUCUUUCACCAAGAGAUAUUAAAUGCUCAACAGACUUCUUCCUACUGUAUGUCACUAACAGAACUGUUUUUCCUUUUAUGAGUUUUUUUUUUUACUCUAAAAUCUAACUCUCCAAUUACUGUGACCCAAAUCACACUUCUAAACAACAACAAGAUCUUUUUGGGUCAAACACUAAUAUACAUAAAGGAAUUGGGGAUUGGUUUUGUUCUAAAAUACAGUUGUUUACACAUUAGCCAUCCCACCAGAUGCAGAAAUUUCACUCACUUUCUAACUGUUGUGUAUUUAUUAAGCAACUCUUUAUUACUUCUGACAGAAAAUGCUUUUCUUGCAAAUGUAUAAAUGCCAAGUGUAUCAUUUGUCGUAUUUAUGCAACAAUAAAACACCUGCAAUUUAUUAA